AUGGCGGACAUCAUUGAAAAGCAGUUCUGUCCCAACGCGGUGAAGCCAGGGUCAUCGAGAGCAAAGACAGCGGUUCAAUCACAUGGCUGUACAAUGACGGAACCCCGGAAACUGUCUCGCGCCCAAAAGAAGCGCAUGGUGACUGCAUCGUCAAGCACUAUGAUCACUAUCAUUAUUUAUGUUCUAAUAUGGGGGAAUGGCUGGGCCAAUUCUGACAACGGCAAGAUGUUUGAAGAUAAACUUCAGAACUGCGCUCUGCUUCCGAAUACAUUCCAGUUUGUCUAUGAGCUAGGUGUUGACGGUCGUGAAUAUGCUACGACGUACACUACAAUCUGGGAGGACGGCUGUGUCACUGCUGCUGCUAAGCAGGCGGGUGCACAGAGUGUAUUUGAUUGUCGCAGGGGAGAUUGA